UCAGUGUAGCAGUAGCUCAGUGAAAACAAUCAAAAUGUUCAAAUACGUGAUCGUCCUCGCCUGCAUGUUGGUGGCAGCUUUCGCUGACCCCAAGCCUGGUGUGCUAUACAGCGCGGCAUACACAGCGCCUGUGGCUGCGGCGUACACCGCUCCCGUGGUGUCGGCCGCCUACACCGCGCCCCUCGCCUACUCCGCGUACUCCGCACCCCUCGCCGCGUACUCCGCCUACCCCUACGCCUCACCCUACGCCGCCUACUACCUGCGCAAAUGAUUCAAUUAUAUAUGACACAUAAAAUAUAAAACGCAAUCGAUUACAAAUAUAAUUAUUUAAACAAAAAUAUUUUUUUCUUUUUCAUACAAUAGCAUGACC